GGUAAUUGAAAAUACAACGGGCUGUCUCUCUCUCUCUCUCUCUCUCUCUCUCUCUCGGUGCCUUCCUCAGCUGGAAUUUAUAUCAGCUCUCUUUGUGAUCUGAAAUCAGAUUACCUUGUCAAGGAUCGAAGUUACAUCUUCAUCAUAAAUGGCUAACAGAGUUCAAAUCCCUACUAGCAAUUCUGCACUUAUUGCAAUGAUUGCUGAUGAGGACUCAGUAGUUGGAUUUUUGCUUGCUGGAGUUGGCAACGUUGACUUGAGACGGAAGUCAAAUUACCUCCUUGUAGACUCAAAAACAACUGUGAAACAAAUUGAAGAUGCAUUUAAAGAUUUCACAACAAGGGAGGAUAUUGCUAUCGUGCUGAUUAGUCAAUAUGUUGCAAAUAUGGUAAGGUUUUUGGUUGAUAGUUAUAACAAGCCAGUUCCAGCAAUUCUGGAAAUACCUUCAAAGGACCAUCCUUAUGAUCCUGCACAGGAUUCAGUUCUUUCACGAGUGAAGCACCUCUUCUCAGCUGAAUCAGUGGCAUCCGAGAGACGUUAAGCACAUAUUGUGAGUUGAUACUUACGUGUAUGUCAUGUUUUAUUCACCUCUCUCUCAAGCUUGUAUGCGGAUUAGAUCUUAUUAAACCUUUAGAAUUGCUUCUCUUUUGUCCAUUUGUUAUUGAGAUAUCUUUAUGAGCAUCUGUUGGUCGAUAAUUUUAAUAAAUGAUUCUACCAACUGAACAGCAAUAUCAGUAACAGUUUUUAUUUUAUUUUA